AUGUACACCCAAAACAAGCUAUUGGAUCUGGUAGAGGGGAAGGAGAAGAUGCCGGAGGCCGCGGAGUUGAAAGGAGCGUGGAUGAAGCGAUCGUUCGACGCGUACAUGCUCAUGUCGUGGUCCGCCCUUGCGUUCAACCUCAACUCUCAACAGCCCCAGUGGAGCGUGGAUUACAUUCGCGCGCGCAUCCUAGAGGAGGACUUGUGGCGGCGGAGUGUGGAGCGCUCGGAGGAGGGGGCUGGCUAUGGAGUUGGAGGUGGAAAGAGUGGCUUCAAGAAGAAUUGGAAGGGCAAAAACAAGGACAACCCUAAAGAAGAUGGCGGCGGGGGUCAAGGAGAGGUGCGCUUCUACUGCAAGAAGCGCGGACAUCGUUGGCGGAAGUGCUACCAACGACCCAAGGAUUGGACCCCGCUUUCAUCAAGCAACCAGCAUGGUGGCAAGAGGAGUGGGGGAGUUAUGGGAGCUGAUGGAGAGGAGAAGGAUGAGGAGAAAGGUGGCAAAUCUGAGGAGCGGAAGGCCGAGUUCUUCUUCUUCGUGAACGGAGGUGCAACCGACCUGGCUAUGGCUGCCAAGCCCGUCGCCCACGCGCUACCCGCUGCUUCUGCCCGUUGCCGACGCGCUACCCGCUGCUUCUGCCCGUCGCCAACGCGCUACCCGCAACUGCAUCCCGCCGCCCGUGCGAUAUCUGCUGCUGCAGCCCGUCGCCCGUCCCGUCACACUGCCGCCCGUCGCCAGAUCCCCGCCACGCGUACGCUCUCCGCUGCCCGUCGCCAGGUCCCCGCUUGCCCUCCCGUCAACUUUGCAACUGCUGUGAAGGGAGUGGUGGGAGUGGCGGGAGAAGCUGCUGCUACGCCCUUGCACGCGCCAGAUCGUCCGCGAGCCGCACCCCGCACCCCGCCUGUCGCCCGUACUCCACCUGCACCCCACACCCCGCCUGCCGCCCGUGCGCCACCCGCAUCACGCACCCUGCCUGUCGCGCGUACACCAUCCGCACCAUGCACGACAUCCGUGCCCCCAUCCGCGAGACCGUCCGCACCCCGUACCUGCACCCAGACCGCCGUUCUGCCCCAGAUCCCGCCCCCCCCCCACCGACAACUGCCACCCCACCCCCAUCUCCAGCUCCGUUUCCAGCGGGAAGGGGAGGAGCCCUUGUCCUGCCCUGUUCUGCCUGUGCUGCUCCGUUGUCCCCGUGUUGCCCCGUUCUGCCCAUGUUGCCCCGUUCAGCCCGUGUCCUGCCCCGCUCUGCCCGUGUUGCCCCGUUCUGCCCGUGUUGCCCCGUUCAGCCCGUGUCGUGCCCCGUUCAGCCCGUGUUCUGCCCCGUUCAGCCCGUGUUCUGCCCCGUUCUGCCCGUGUUCUGCCCCGUCUGCCCGUGUUGCCCCGUUCAUCCCGUGUCCUGCCCCUUUCAACCCGUGUUCUGCCCCGUUCUGCCCGUUUUGCCUCGUUCAGCCAGUGUUCUGCCCCGUUCUGCCCGUGUUGCCCUGUUCUGCCGGUGCUGCCCUGUUCUGCUCGUUUGUGCCCUACACGUGCUGUCCGUACCCAUUGGUGCCCCACCCGUGCUGUCAGUUCUCGCUCGUGCCCCACCCGGUCUGUGCUGCUCGGUCUCGUGCUGCCCGUCACCCCCGUGUGGCCCAGCUGACCAGUGACCAUAGUGGCGGUGGUGAGCAGCAAGGUGCUGGUCCUGCUGUGGAGGAGGGGUUGGAGGAUGAGUUGGCACGUGUGGACUUAUCAACUCAGCCUGAGCCUGCUGCAAACGCCAAGGUCACCAAGAGGAGUGUGCAGAGAGGAGCUUCACCACAUGGGCAGCAGAGUGCAACUCGCGAGAAGAGAGUGGCAGCAGCACCCUCAAGGCUGAAGUAUAGCCGUUUGGGAGGACCCAAGCAAGGUGCCAUGGCGGUUCAGGCGGAUGAGGGAGAGGAUGAGGAGAUGGCGUUCUAUUUCUUCACACCCUUGCCUGGAGAACCAGCCACAAUGGACGAGGCACUCAGUGGACCCCAGAAGGAGGAGUGGAAGGCUGCCAUGUGUCAGAAUCCCAACCACUAG